AUGCUUCGCCAGAUCGUUAUUCUGCUCGUUCUUCUCGUAGCCAUCGCCCUUGCCAACGAUAUUGGACGUAAGUUUCAAUUUUAUUAUUUCUAGUAGAAAUUUCUACACUUAAAAAAAUUGAACUAAGAACUUUUUUUGAUAAGAAUAUCGAGUUUUUUUCCAAAAUUCCUAUUGAAGUUUGCAGCACAAAAUAAGCUCUAGCAGGAUGGAAAUAUGUUCAAAUUAUUUAUUCGAUUUAAAAAUGGGUGUUUAUUUUACUGAGGAACUCCAAAGUGGUCCCUAUAUGGGCAAACUUAUGGGCCCCUUUGAGGGUCCCUAUAGGGGCCCCUAAAGCUUGCAAAAGAGGUUUCUAUAGGGGAUAUGCUAGUCGAUAAUUGCCAUGAAAUCUAAGCGAAGUAGCAUUUUCAUGGGAAAAACUGAACAAAUAUGCGUUUUGAAUGGAGUUGAGAGACCCCUAUAGGGACCACUUUUUCGGCUCUUAUAGGGGUUUUUUUCCUCCUAAUUUCUAUAGGGAACACUCUGGAAUUCCAAAGUAAGACGAGACUAUUUGAAAUCAGUUUUUGCACUUUUCCUGAAAUCGGUUUAUGUCCGUCCUUUUUAACUUUAAAAAAAAAACUUAUUAAAUUCUGAAUCCCAUAGCCUCUAAUCAUUCAAUUUAUCUCGUUUUUCAUAAAUAAAAAUUUUUGAACGCUAACUUUAUCUCUAUUCCAAUAUGGAAAUCGCUUUUUUUCCAGCGGCGAUUGACGGCUUGUGCCCUUUGGGGAUACGAAGAAAAAGAACGGCUUGUGUCAAGGUGAAAAUUAGAAUAUCAUAUUAAAAAGUUUUUAGAAAUUCCGGCCUGCGAUCCUUCCAACCCACUGUAAGUUCCAACGAAAAAAAUGUUUAUUUUUUUAAUUAUUCCUAGAAUUGAUUCAAAAAAAUCAAGAAUUCUCAUAAAGUAUCCGAUUCUGAGCUUUUAGAAUAUCGUUACAAAUAUAUUUUUUUAUAAUUGGUUAUAUUGAUUUUCAGCUGCCACACCUACAACAGCAACUGAAGCACAACCGACAGGAGAAAAAAAAUUCAAACCUGUUGUUAUAAAAAAAGCAAUUUUUUUCACUUUUUUUAUUUGAUAAAGUUUGUGGCGUGAUGGUGUUUCAUUGAAAAAGAGCUUCGGAGAAAAAGUUUGGUUUAAACCGAUCAUACCUUGAAAUAUCUUUUGGAGAAAGGAGAAGAAAGAUGUUCUUUAGGGAAGCUUUUUCGUUGGAGGUUAGUUUCUUUUCUUCAAAUUUAAUCGUAAAACGGCAACUUUUCAAGAAUUUCAACUCAUUUUCUUCUGGAAUUUUGUUUUUUCAAAAUCUUGCCUGUUUGAAAUCUUUUUGAAGGAGAAAGGAGGAAAAAAAGUGUUUUUCAUCAUUCCAAAAAGAAUAUUAAAACAAUGCUUGGCUUAUAAAAAAUCAAAGAUUUAACGUGAAAACAAUUUAUUUUUUAAAACCUUUCUCACGGUUCGUGAUUAUAAUCAAACGAUGAAACUUAUAAUUUUUCUUGAUUUUGAUUAUCCAAACUUCAAAGCGCAUUUCAGAAGAAUCCUGAAAAUCGGAAUCCCGAGAAAGAUCCCUGUCCUGGAGAAUCAACAACAAAUUAGUAUGUUUAUUCACUAUUAUCUUCAUUAAAUGAUACAGUUUUAUACAGAAAUAAUAAAACAUCGGGUCAAAAUAUCGUUGGCACUGGUAUAUAGCCCAUUCCGCGGCAGAUUUUAACUAUUUUGUUUUGCUUCGAGCUUCAGAAUCCUUCCGAGAAGCUUCCCAUCGUUGCGCGACGCUUGUCUUUGUGCAUGCGCCUUUAA